UAUGAUUCACUCUUUCACUAAUGGCGUGUCUUCCGGUACCACACGUUAUAACGUCAAAAUGGCUAAGAAAAAAGGCGAUGAGAAAGUGAAUCAAACCCCUCAAAGUGAUAAUGAGGAGCAAAACUUUGAUGAGGAGCCUGACUUUGACGAUCCGGAAGGUUUUGUUGACGACAUUCCCGAUGAAGAAUUGUUGGCCGACCUUUUAGAGCAAAAGCCUAAGGAAUCUGACGGCUACGAGAAUGUAGUCGUGGUGGACGGGUGCCCGCAGGUCGGGCCCGAAAGGCUUGAGAAGCUCCAAAGCGUCAUUACCAAGAUCUUCAGCAAGUUUGGCAAGAUUGUACAUGAGUAUUAUCCAACUGAUGAGAAUGGAGUCACAACGGGUUACAUAUUCUUGGAAUACAGUAACGCCCAGAACGCCGCCGAAGCCGUGAAGGCCACAAAUAAUUGUAAAUUAGAUAAGCAGCACACAUUUUUAGUGAAUUUGUUCACUGAUUUCCACAAAUAUGCGGACAUCCCCAAGGAGUGGGAGCCGCCAGCACCGCAGCCCUUCAAGGUGCAAUCGGACCUGCAGUGGUACCUCAUGGACCCAGAUGCGUAUGACCAGUUCCUGGUCGGCAUCGGCACCGGAGUUGCUCUGCAGGUGUGGCAGAAUGCCCUGCCCGAGCCCGUGUGUUUGCAGGAGAGACCUAACUGGACGGAGACCUACGCAGUAUGGUCACCACUCGGCACGUACCUGGCCACGUUCCACUGGCGAGGGGUGGCGCUGUGGGCCGGACCCAAGUUCCAGCAGUUCCAAAAGUUCUUCCACCCGGAGGCCCGCUUCAUCUCCUUCUCACCAUGCGAGAACUACAUUGUUACGUUCUCACCAAGUGGGGAGCGCGGUGAUGACAAGAAACUCAUUAUUUGGGAUAUUAGGACCGGUCAAGAGAAGCGCAGUUUCCCGCCACCCGACGAGUACGUGACGUGGCCGAUCUUCCGCUGGAGCAAGGACGACAAGUACUUCGCGCGGCUCGGCGCCGACAUGCUCUCCGUGUACGAGACGCCUGGCUUCGGACUGCUCGAUAAGAAGAGCAUCAAGAUCCCUGGUAUCAGAGACUUCAGCUGGUCGCCAACCGACAACACUCUGGCCUACUGGGUGGCGGAGGACAAGGACGUCCCAGCGCGAGUCACGCUGCUCGAGAUCCCCAACCGCACUGAAGUUCGCUCCAAGAACUUGUUCUCCGUCGCGGACUGCAAGAUCCACUGGCAGAAGAGCGGCGACUACCUCUGCGUGAAAGUAGACCGCUACUCCAAAGUCAAAAAGGAUAAGAAUGACAUCAAGUACUCCGGAAUGUAUUACAACUUUGAAAUCUUCCAUAUGAGGGAGAAGGAAAUCCCGGUGGACUCCGUCGAAAUCAAGGAGCCAAUUCAAGCAUUCGCGUGGGAGCCAGUCGGAUCCAAGUUCUCUAUCAUCCACGGAGACCCGGCCAACAUCUCUAUAAGCUUCUACCAAGUGAACACCGGCCAGGCACCGACCCUGCUCAAGAAGUUUGAGAAGAAACCGUUCAACCAUCUGUUCUGGUCUCCGUCGGGACAGUUCAUCGUGCUCGCUAACCUGGGAUUGACCGGUGGUGCUCUGGAGUUCUUGGAUACCAACGACUUCACUAUCAUGAAUGUUUCCGAUCAUUACCAGAUGUCCGGCAUCGAGUGGGACCCGACGGGCCGCUACGUGGUGACGGGCGUCUCCUCGCUCAAGUGCAAGAUGGACUGCGGCUACUACAUCUGGUCCUUCCAGGGCAAGAUCCUUAGGAGGGUAAUGAAGGAAGGGUUCGCGCAGUUCCACUGGCGGCCGCGCCCGCCCACGCUGCUCACGGACAAGCAGCAGAAGGACAUCAAGAAGAACCUCAAGAAGUACUACUCGCAGUUCGAGUCCAAGGACCGCAUGCGCAGCAGCAAGGCCAGCAAGGAACUGGUGGCGAAGCGCACGGAGCAGAUGAAGAAGCACAUCGAGUACCGCGAGGCGAAGGCGCAGGAGUGGGCCGAGCAGAAGCCGCGCCGCCUCGAGCUCAGGAACUAUGUGGAUACCGACGGUAUCGACACAGAGUCAAACACAGUGGAAGAAGCAGUUGAAUUCUUAGUGAAAGAGGAACAGACCGUCAUCGAGUAGUCGCCAUAUUGCCGCCACGUCCGAGGCCGAGCCCCGCCCGGCCUCCCCGCUGCGCAAGCGCAUCGAUUCAACUACUUUUAUAACACCAGACCACUCAAUCAGCCUUCAAAUCUUUUGUACCACAUCCCGUAGCCAAACUUUGUUCUGUCAACAAAUCACUUCAUAAUUUGCAAUGUUCAAUUACAGUUUAAAUUAUACAAUAGGUAAUGUUUAUAGAAAUCAUAUUAAAUUGAAACGUUUCAAAUGGACAAUGGCUUUUUAAUACCUGUUUUGAGAUUUAUUUUAUUUAUUUACUUACUCAUUAUGAAAUAUUUACAGGAUUGUUACUAGAUGAUGGUAUGAAAUAAUAAAGGAUUGAUUGAAACAAUAA